UGCUGGGAACGGACGUGUCCUAUAAAGAGCCACUUUAGAAAUAUGAGCGAAAAACGAGGGGUAUCUUAAUAUUCUGGUUCCAUGGAACGACAUCUGGCCUGCUCGCUCUCCCUCCUGUCCAAUUGCCCCAAUGAAGAAAAAUCACAUUCAAACACGCGCUCUCCGUCUCAGGUCCAAGAAUUAGGGCAAAAGAAUUUGGAGCUUUGAGAAAGAGAGAGCAUAGUGUCAGAUUAGGGCAGGAAGCCAUGAAUAUCUUUAGAUUUCUCGGGGAUAUGACCCAUUUAUUCAGCAUUCUGGUCCUCCUCCUGAAGAUCUAUGCUACCCAAUCGUGUUCAGGGAUUUCAUUGAAGACUCAAGAGCUCUAUGCUAUGGUGUUUGUUGCUCGUUACUUGGAUCUUUUCACCGAGUAUAUAUCCUUAUACAACUCUCUUAUGAAAUUGGUUUUCAUUGUGAGUUCCUUGGCGAUUGUGUGGUGCAUGCGUGCCCGCCCUUCUGUAAGGCACUCUUACGACAAGGAUCUCGACACCUUUCGCCACUACAUUCUGGUGGCAUGCUCUUUUGCCCUAGCGCUCCUUGUUCAUGAGAAGUUCACCAUCAAAGAGGUCUUGUGGGCAUUCUCCAUAUACUUAGAGGCAGUGGCAAUUCUUCCUCAGUUGGUUUUGGUACAGAGAAGUGGAAACGUGGACAACCUAACUGUGCAAUAUGUUUUCUUUCUUGGGGCUUACCGUGCAUUUUAUGUUUUGCACUGGAUUUACCGCUAUUUCACUGAGAAGUACUAUGGUCGAUGGAUAUCUUGGGUCUCGGGGCUUGUGCAGACAGCUCUAUACGCUGAUUUUUUCUAUUAUUACUUCAUCAGCUGGAAGAACAAUGCGAAGCUUCAGCUACCAGCCUGAUCUUACCACGAUAGUAAAACUUUAGUAAAUAUCACUCCCCAAUUCUUGGGCCUUUUGUCACAUGCCCAAAGAAAAAGUUGCUGGAUUUAUGAGGCAGCAGCUUGGGUGAAUGAUUUAUAUGCUUUUUGUGAUAUAAUCUGCCACAAGCUUGGUUUUUGUAAUUGUAUAAUUUUGAGCCAUAGAAGGACAACAAGAAAACGUGGUAUUGCAGAGCCAUGCCAUUCAUUCGAAUUUCAUCAAAGGUAGGAUCAAUCUCUUAUCGAAGGUAUGAUCAAUCUCUGAUAAGGAGGAAGCUUUGUGCUUUUUAAAUCAAUUAUACGUGGUUCGGAGGGUAUUGUGGUUGUCUGAGAAAUUCUAACUCCACCGUUGUGUUUUAGAAAAGUGGGGUAUAUAUUGAUUUUCUCCAUAUCAGGGGGUUUGUUUUUGUA